UCAGUUGGCCGUGUGUGGUGGCGGCGAGCGGGGGUGACCGUGUCUGUGUGUGUCGAGCCCCACGGCAAGUGUGUGUGAGUGUGUGUGCUGCUGUCGGCGGCACACUCUUGCCCUCUCUCUCUCUCCCUCUCCCUUGCUCCUCUCCCGUGUGCUGGUGGGAACCGCGAAGUGAUGGUGGACUACCAGAGAUGAUAUAAGGCAUGGUGUUGAGUCGCAGAAGCAACAGGGGCAUGACUUCAGUUCGAUUAGAAGGGUUGGUGUUGGUGUUGCGAGUGGGUCGGUGGGGCAGGGGUUACCGGGCCCUAGUCACCCUGACCCUUGGGGCCUCACUGUGCCUGCUGGUGCUGGCCUUCACGCCCCACCCCGAUGCAACCUUCCACCGGAGCUUCUUGCAUGGCGUCCGGCGCAUCCACCAGGAGACAGAUGACUAUACGGGUCCUAAGCCUCCCGGCCAGGCUCCACAGGAGGACUCCCAGUUUCCAAUCUCUGGCUUGGCUGGGCAGGAGGACGUGGAGCUCCUGCAACAGAACUCCCCGCAGCUUGCAGCUUCCUCCUCCUCGUCAGGUUCCUACAGUCUACCGCUCCUCGCACAACCGCAGGCUUCUCCUGCAAGCGACUCUCAGGAGGACACGGGCAUGGGGCAGGUGGAAGUUGUGAUGCUGCCCCUACACAACGCACAGACAAGUGUUGGGAACACGCCAAGCAUCUCCCAAGGUGGUUCCAAGGUUUCUGUCAAUUCUCAGGAUCCUAUCAUGGUGUAUUCUCAGUUGGCAAUGGACAUCCCUCGAAACAGAAAGGAAGGAGAGCACAUUAUGAAGGCACAAGAGACAGCACUGACAGCUCUCCAACAUGGGUACAAACUAUCAGCCAACCAGAAGACCCUCAUUGCCCGGAUGGAUCCCAAGGAAAAAAAGGCAGUUGAAGAGAGAGUCACCAAGAUGAGGGGAAUACAAGAAAGGGCUUAUUUGGAACACCUCCGAAUGAAAAAACAAAUACUCCCUCUUAAAGGGGGUGGCGAGAAAAUAAUGUCAACGCCACGCUUGCAAGUACGCUUUCCAGUUGCCUUGAAGAUGCUCAGCCCAGAGAAGUGGGCACCACAACAGAUGAUAUUUCAAAAUCUGACGCAUUACCCAUGGGCUAAAAGUGUGGAGUGUGCCAACUACAGUACAAUCUUCUGGCCACCAAGAUCUCUUCCCACACGAGCACUUGCUUCAUUCCCCUCCUCUGGCAACACAUGGGUCAGGUAUCUUGUUGAAGGAGCGACUGGAAUCUUCACAGGAUCACUAUACGAUGACAGUUCUCUUACUAGGAAAGGCAUGUAUGGUGAAGGUGUUAUAUACGACUCGGGCAUGACCAUUCUGCAGAAGAGCCAUGGCUACACGACGGGUGAUGCCAUGAAGGCUUCACAUAGAGAGAGGUUAAAAAGAAAUCACAUGGAUGAACUGAAUCACCAAGGUGUGUUGGUUAUCCGGAAUCCUUUCAAAGCUCUCAUCUCGCACCGUCACUUGGAUGUCGGUGGCCACACUGGCUAUGCCCCAAAAGCACAUUUUUUGGGCAAAGGUUGGGCUGAAUUUGUGAUGCUGAAGAUUGGACUGUGGAAGGAUUUUUAUGUAGACUGGCUAUCUCUAUGCCAGCCAGUAAACAUACAUGUCACUUACUAUGAACACUUGAAAGAAAAUCCCGUUGAGGAAAUGGAGAAGAUAAUGCAUUACUUGAAACUACCUAUAGAUAAUAACAGACUUUAUUGUGUGGGCUCAAAUACUGAUGGCUUAUUUAAAAGAAAGCCAUCUAAAAAUGUGCCAUUAGACUUUAACCCGUUUACAAGGGAACUAAAAGAUAUUGUUUAUAAAGCUAUUGCUGAAGUGGAUUCUGUACUUAAAAAAACAGGAAAGGAUGGGCUUCCAUUGUCUAAGUAUGAGCUGUAUGACCCGUGGGAAGCAAAAGUUGUAAGACAAAGCUUAUAAAAGCCAGAAAGUCAAGGAUAUCAAGACAUACCCCCAGUUCACAACUCCAAUAUGAGACAGUAGGAGACACAUUGCCUUUUAACAAAUUCUUUUUGCUGGUGAAAUAUCAGCUUUUAUGAAUUCUAAUAAAAUUAGCAUCUCAAGAUUUCAUUUGAAAUUCAUGCUAUUGGCAAUCCAAAAGUUUUACACGAACACAUCUUUUUCAGUAAGUGAUUGUGAUAAGUAUAGAAGCAAUAUAGACCUUGAGAUAUAGACUUAACCUUGAGCCUCCUGGUGUAACUCCAAAAAUCUAAUCUUGUAUGAUUCCACUUUUAUUUUAUUUAAAGCAAUUAGAAAUAUAAAAUUAUAUGUUUCAGUUGUGAAUUUUAUUACAAAAUAAUUAGCAUUCAGCUCCUGCUCAAGCAUCAGUACUGUAUUUAGUGGAAAAAUUAAAUACUGCCUACAAAUCUAAUAUUGAAUAAGCUGUAUUGAUGUAUUAAAAUAAUAAUCAAUUAAUAACAGUAAGAUAUGGACCAAGUUUCAAUAAUAUAGGUGUAUAGCAGUCUUCCAUAUUAAAAAAUGUAUAUUUUUGUAAAUAAUAAUAAUAAUAUUUUAUACUCUUUUUUACGUUUUUUAUAGAAAUGUUACCAGGUAAAUGUAAUUUUUAUUUUUAUUAAAAAUGGUUUCAAUCACUUAUCUGUUAAAAUUAAUAACAUUCACAUUAUUAAUUACAUUUUGGACCACACACAUAGCUCAUUAGCAUUUAAUUGUUUUUAUAUCAAUUUGUGGCAAAUUAAUAAAAUAACCUGUAAGUGACUUAUCACUGAGAAUUAAAUGGUACUGAUGAUAAUUUACAAGUGAUGUGUUAGCAUGAAGAGGCACAUGAACCAUAAGUGCCUGGUGUCCACAUCAGCUGUGGACACGACAGGGAAGAAGUGGGCGUCAGCUCAUAUAAUAAAUAAUUGCAUUCCUAUGACUAAUGAUGUUAUAUCAUUUAAUUUCAUCUCAUUCCAUUGUAAGAGAUCCUUUUCCUUAAACUCUAAGUCUAAAUUUUAAACAUAAUUUCAAUUUAAAUCAGAUUCAUUACAUGACUCCAGGGUAUAGCUCUCUGAAGAUAUAGUUAGCUUUCAUAUUAUGGAAAUGUAUGUCUGUUUAUUCAUAAUUCCCAUAGAGGGGUUUCUGAAAAA